UUCCCAAACUCCUUCCCCCGCCCCAAACCUUCCUUAUUCCCCCUCCAAGAUGGAGGCGCUGGAGGUUUUGGGGGGCUACCCGACCAAGCCCUUAAACCCGAGAGCCCGAAUGGUCAGGGUUCUACUGAGUAUGACGGUGUGCAUGGGAUGUUUAUUAAUGCUACAUAGUUUUCUCAAAAUCUCCAAGUCCCGGAAGCCGCAAGAUUUCUAUUCUUUUGAGGUGAAGGACGCCAAAGGGAGAAGCGUUUCUUUGGAGAGAUACCGAGGCAAAGCGUCUCUGGUUGUCAACGUGGCGAGCUUCAGCGAACACACUGAGAUGAACUAUCGCUCUCUGCAGGAGCUGCACCGGGAAUUGGGUACGUCCCAUUUCAACGUCCUGGCUUUUCCCUGCGGCCAGUUCGGGGAGACCGAGAUGGGGGCCAGCCGGGACAUCGAGGCCUACGCCAAGAACACCUAUGGCGUCACCUUCACCAUCUUCAGUAAGGUCAAAAUCAUGGGGUCGGAGGCGGAGCCAGCCUUCAAAUUCAUAACAGAUUCUGUGAAGAAGGUUCCGAAGUGGAACUUCUGGAAGUUCCUGGUGAACCCUGAAGGCCAGGUGGUGAGGUUCUGGAAGGCAGAGGAGCCAGUCGACAGCAUUCGUCAGGAGGCCAUAACCAUGGUGCGUCAGAUUAUUCUAAAGAAAAGGACAGAGCUCUGACGGGAUGGCGAGGAGUGGAAUAAGGACACCUCUGAUAGUUUCAGAGUAAGAAUUAAAGGUUAUGAGGUAUUAAUUAAGAUACAAAGUCAACUCUGUUGUUCGGUGCUGAGUGGUGACUUUAGGGCUAGUGCCUUGUGGUAUGGGAAAGGAUUUGCCAUUAUUUUUCUGAAGAUGAAGACUGAAGAUGAUGACUAUUGCAAUAAGAGAUUAAAGGGUGUGUGUGUUGUGCCACUAAGAGGGUGACACUGACAUUUCCUGACAACCACCAGGUCCAUAGUGAAUUCCCUGACAACCACCAUGGCUUGUUAAACCAGUAUAAUCCCCUCAAAGAACCACUAUUAUGUGUAACAUAGAUAUGUCUGAUUUAAAGCAGGUUGUUACUUGUUUUGUAAUUUUCAGAUUAAAAGACUGUUCUUUACA